AUGCGGGCCGAGCGGCCGCGGCUGCUGAGCCGGGACGAGGCGCUGGCGCUGGGCCGGGAACGGGACCCGAGCGGGGCCGGGACCGACCCGGGCACGGACACCGACACGGACACCGACACGGGCUGGCGCCACGCCUGCCACGUCCUGCUGCACGCGCCGCUGCCCCCCGGGGCGCCGCCGCCCCGACACGCCGUGCUGAUGCAGCUGCGGUUCGACGGGCGGUUCGGGUUCCCGGGGGGGCUGGCGGCGCGGGGAGCCGCUGGAGGCGGCCCUGGGCAGGAGCUGCGGGAGGAGCUGGGCCCGGGGGCGGCCGCGCUGCGGAUCCAGCCCCGCGACCACCGCGGGGCGAGGGCGUGGCCACGGCGAGGGGGCGGGGCCGGCGCUGAGGGGGCAGGGCUUGUGACGCACCUGUACGAACGGCGGCUGCGAUUGGAGGAGCUGGAGAGCAUCGAGAGGGGCGGGGCCAGGGCGGCCGAACACGGGCUGGAGGUGCAGGGGCUGGUCCGUGUUCCGCUCGGGGAGGGGCUCCGGCCCUUCCUCCGGAACCGCUUCGCGGGGGACGCGCGGGAGCAGCUCCUGGGGGUCCUCUCGGCCCUCGGCAUCGACCCCCCCCCCAUCGAGGACCCUCCUCCCAUCGAGGACCCCCCGGAGCCCCCCCCGCAGCCGGGGCAGCCCCUCCCCCCCGCCGCAGAUGAGGAGGGGGGUGACCCCACGGAGUAGAACACCCCAAAACCCACCGGGGGAGGGGAGGCUGGAGUUAAGGGGGGGGCCUUUUGUAACCCCAAUAAAUCUUUAUUAUAAUAUA